AUGUUAUACAAUGUUCUUGUUAUUCACUUUCAGCUAUUUCCACGCGGUCCUCGGGAAGAAAAAACUUAUCAGAGCGGCAGUUGCUGCAAAGUGAGGAAAAAAGAAGAAUCUUGCUGCCAGAAUAUCUGCCGCCGUAUUUUAUCCCUCGAUAUAGCUCGUUAUAUCAAUUCUGCUGCUCUAUGCGCGCUCCUUGUUGCUUGGCCCGUGCAAAACCGUUUGGCGACUGAGUUAAAUAGGCUGGAUGCGAAGUCACUGGCCGAUGUAUUGUCGCUACGACAACAAAUUGAACAGAUUUCGAGCGCCUGUAAAAAUGAUAUGUCCUAUGCAUUUUAA